ACAAAUCUAACCUCUCCGUCCUCAUUCAGCCAAUCAGAACUGCACUGUCACUCUGGACACAAGGUCGCCCAGCAAACUGGGAUACCUCUCUGAGGAGUACAUCCGAGACGGCAAGCUGUCCUUCAGCCUGGAUGUUUACAGCUUCGGAAUGGUUAUAAUUGAAACAUUAACGGGACGGAAGGUCAGAGAGGAGGUACCGAAACAAACAGCCCUGAGAGACCUGCUUGUAACUGAGGUGGAGGACAGCGGCGGCGUGGACUCCUGUAUGCAGUUCUUGGAUGAGGCAAACAGCCCUGGUGAGUCUGCAAUGAAGCCGGGUGGGUCUGCAAUGAAGCCGACCUUCUGCGCCUGGCCUUGGACUGUGCAGCUAGCCGCCUCCGCAGCAAACCGAGCAUGGAGAACCUGCCCCCUCGCCGACCAACCCCGCAGCCUGGAGGACAGAGACCCUUCUGAUGCCGAGCCGAGCCCAACGCCCUCCAUCCCUGUGGAGCUCGAUGAGCAGUGCAGCCCCCCCGCUUCUCUGACGGACAAGGGUCCCCGUGAAUGCAGCCAGUCGGAGGUGACCUAUCUGAGUGACGUCGGGGGGGCGGUGGACCUGUACAGCAGCUGUCCCGUGCAGUGCAGCUGCCCUGCUGAGACCGGCAGUCUGGCCUGCGAGGACUGCAGAGCCAACGGCUUCACCAGCGAGCGCACAGUCGGCCCUCAGACUGAAUCCUUGGUGGUGGAAAAUGCAGCCAAGCAGAGACUGAGGAGCAGACUGAGUCUUUACGACAGAGGGCUGAUUCACACGCAGGAACUCAUCUCUGAGAUCAGCCUGCAGUAGAGAGCAGGCCUUCUGUUACCAGUGCUGACAACGGCUCAUUGUGUGUCCAGGAUUAUAUUGUUUCAUAAAGCUACGGGGAUCAAAGCUCAUAUCGAUAAAACAUUUUUAUGGAGUUCAAUAUUUAAUAACAAAAUAAACACAGAACUUUUUCGAAA